GGGGCCGCGAAUUGCGAGGCAGGACACCAGUUAUCGGCGCGCAAUUGAGCCGGCUGAGCGCCUCGCAAUUUGUCUACGGUGAGUUCAUGAUUUAUUUUUUUCUUUAUGAGUUUACCCUUUGUUUUGUAAUUUAUGGGUUGGAAAUUCGUUUCAUAGUUUGUUACAUGGAUAUUUAUCAGUUUGUAAUCUAGUCUAAUGCUGUAUUUUUUGCAGUUGUGGACGAGGUAUUAAGAUCCUUUACUUAAUGUAUAAAGCACUAAUACCACACUGUAAAAAUAUAUACAAGUAUAUACAAUACAAGUCCUGCAUUGAAAAUGUUAUUUAAGUAUAAUCAGGUAUAAACAUUACUUAAUGUAAGUAUAAUCAGGAAAAUUAUUUUAAAGGUUUAAAAGUGAACUGGGACUAUGAUACUAUUAUACAUAAUAUCAUUGUAUUAUUAUUACUAAUUAAUUAUUGUAAAAGCAUGAUUUUACUGUUGGAGUUGGUUGAGGAAGUUUGUUGUGGUGGAAAAAAGUAAGUUAAGUUAAAAGUACAAUAUUUCCCUCUGAAAAUGCAGUUGAGUAGAAGUAGAAUAGAGAAAGGGCAUAAAAAAAUUGCUCAAGGAAAUUACAAGUACCUCAAAUUUGUACACAAGUAGGCUACAGUACUUCAGUAAAUGUUCUUCUGUUCACCCCAAUUUUUUUGUUUGUUCAUUUUGCCUAAGUAAUUAGUUGAUGUUUUUGCAGAUUCUUGGCCACUGGAGACUCCUACCGCACCAUAGCUUUCAGCUAUCGUGUGGGAGUGAGCACCGUAGCAGGGAUUGUUGGAGAGGUCGCCAGGGCAAUAUGGGAUGCCUUGGUGCAGGAGGUCAUGCCAGUCCCCACCACUGAGGACUGGCGAAGCAUCGCCACUGACUUCCUCCAUCGGUGGAACUUCCCCAACUGUCUUGGGUCCAUCGAUGGAAAACAUGUUGUGAUCAAGGCCCCUGACAACUCAGGGUCCCUGUUCUUCAACUACAAGGGGACUUACUCAGUUGUGCUCCUGGCAGUGGUAGAUGCCCAGUACUGCUUCCGGGUAGUCGAUGUGGGCAGCUACGGGAGGACAAGUGAUGGCGGUGCGCUGGCUAACUCCACUUUCGGCCAGGCACUACGAGAUGGGACCCUUGGCCUGCCACAGGAUGCUCUGCUGCCAAGUGCAGAGCAUUUGGGACCCCAGCCACACGUGUUUGUGGCUGAUGAAGCCUUUCCACUCCGCCGAGACCUCAUGCGGCCUUUCCCAGGACACAAUCUCUCCAGCAGGCAAAGAAUAUUCAAUUACAGGCUGUCACGGGCAAGGCUGAUUGUUGAGAACACCUUUGGUAUUCUCACAGCUCAGUGGCGUAUGUACAGAGGAGUCAUUGAGAUCAGCCCUGCCAACGUGGAUGCCUGUGUGAAGGCUACCUGUGUCCUGCACAACUUCCUGAGAAGGUCCACAAACAGCACCAGUACGUCCAUACCAUCAGCUGGAGACGGAGAAGCUGCUGGUCUACAGGAGGUCACCCGAGUGGGCAGCAACAACCCCACACGGGAGGCUAUCCGUGUCCGGGAGAAAUUGAUGACCUAUUUCUCCACAGAGGGAGCUGUCCCCUGGCAACCUGUGGCAUAAGCCUUUGCUUUUAACGGCUCUUUUAAGAGCCACAAAUUAGUCAAAAAAAAGCAUGAUUUCCAUAAAUAUAAUAUGACAACACCCGCUCUCCCCUGGUGAAAAAAAUUACACUUCCAUAAUGUACUUAAAGUGCUCUACUUUCAUGCACUAAUUUUGUACUUAAUAUACUACAAAUUCGUCUUUAGUAGUUCUUAAGGACAUCCAAGUGUACUUAACUAUGCUAUUUGUGAGACACCAUGAAUAUGAACUAAAAUGUGCUGAAAAUGUAUUUAGAAAAUGUGUUUAGGUACCACUUGAAACUCUUUCAUACAAAGUGGUAACUAAAUAUAUUUUUUAAUAAAAAGACAGAACG